GGCACAAUAGGCCACUGGUUUCGCAUGAUGGGCCCUUACACCGACCGACUCUCUGUGUAGAGACUCCCAGCCCAGUACGUUUCUAUCUAUUGUAUCCGAAAUUCCGAAUACACACGACCAAGAGGAAAUUUGGCGCUGAUAAGACUCGAGUGGAGGCGGCAAGCGAGGCCACCAGUGUUCAAAAACUCUGAAAAUUCCCACCUCUCCCUCCCUCUCUCGCGCGUCCGCGCCCGCGCCCGCGGCCUCGUUCAAUCCGCCAGCGCUCCCCCGCCCCCCGGUGGUAGCGGGCUCUACGGCAGCGCUCCUCUCCGGUUCCCCUGCGCUCCGCGUCUUCAUCUGUGGCGGCCGACGCUCCGUCGGUGUCUCGUCGGACGGAGCGAGCGGAGCUAGGGUUCCGUUUCAUGCUCAGGAUCGGCGAGAUCUAGGGUCUCGAUUUCAGGGUGAUUGUACUGGAUAGCUGCUGCUGAUAUUGCAAGACAAUGAAAGCUCAUCAGCAGCAAGGUAAUGCAUCUGGCACAGGAGCAAAGACCAAAUCUGGUUGUGAUAAGGUACAAAGCCUGAAAGCUGGUGCACAUAUCAACAAAUCAUCAGGCAAUGUGGCUGCAAAGCGCAGAAAAGUCUCUCCUUUUGAAUCACAUACCAAAAGCAAGAUAGCAUCAAAGACUGACAGUCUUAUGGAAGCACCAGCAAGUGAUGCUAAGUUGUCUGCUCGGCCACCUAAUCACUCUGGAAAGAUCAAACUUCAACUUUUCCCAUUAUAUGAAACCAUUCAAGAGAUUAUGCAGCAAGAAAAACACAAUCCUUACCUUGAAUUGACUUUGGCUCCUCGAAAGAAGAUGUCCUCAAUUUUACAGCAUCUGAAUACAAAAUGGGGCAGUUCUCAGUGUGCAAAAGGCGAGCUCAUGCUCUUCCCUAAUGAUACUAGACUGGACACUAUAGGUGGCAGUGCAAAAUGGACUCUUAAGGAUUCUUGCACAGCUGCUGAUGUGCAUGUUGCAGUUGGCUACCCUUCAACAUUUCGUUUAAGGUAUGGUUGGUUUGGACCUGAUUUGAACCAACAAAGUAGUGAACCAUCCUUGGCAUCAGCGUACUCUGCAGACAAGAUUAUUGGCAGCAGGCCUCCUGAUCUUGUUUUCAAUGAACAAAAACAUAUGGCUGGUUCAGAUGAAUUUGCAAAUCAUUUUGUGACACCCUCCAUUGUGGAUGAAAUAAAUACAUCACAAAUGGCGGAGAAUCCAAGCAAGGUGGCACAACUUUCAUGGCUUGACUCCAUAUCUAAUAUUAGUUUUGGAGCACUGUUAUCUGAAGCUGCGCCUUCUCAAGACACCAAACAACCGCCUUCACAAAAUAGCAUUUGUCUCCAGCAGAUCCCUCCCACAUGUGAUUCAUUUGAUGCUGCUAUUGCUUCGCUGAUUGCCCGUCAGCAACCAAGUAACCAACCAAAAGUGUUAAAUCCAUCCCUUUGGGAAGCCGAAGAAACUUGCCAUGCAUUUCCCUUCCAGAAUCAAACUCCACAUGCAUCAAGUUCAGUUCCUGGCAACAGCUUUGCUGCUAUGACCUCAUCAGUCUUGUGCGCCAUUCCAGAAACUGGCACAGAUGAUCAGCAAUGUGCUACGGAUGGUAGGAAAGAGGAACUAAACAGUCAAACAUCAGUAGAGGGCGAUGGUAUUAAUGCAAAGCCAGAGAUUUCAAUGGAGUCAGCUGGUGACCCAGAGCGUGAAGCAUCUUGCCCCAGACUCUUGGGUGGAACCGACAGUAUAGGACUAAGCUCUUUGCUCACUGACAGCCUGGAUGCGUUCCAGAAAUUCUCUGUUUUCUGAAGCUCAGAAAUCCAUAAAGAACGACGGGCUUAUACAAUAUGAACUAAGCGGAGGUAUAUAUUAACCAGGUUUCUGUUUCGUGAACAGAACUAAUUGUUUUGGGCUUCCUAAGUUAUUUCUGUAGAUAAAACUCCCCAUAUCUGUAUUGUGAAGUUUUUUAUUAUCUCUAGUUUACUACUCCAUCUGUUCUUUUUUAUUUAUCGCGGUUUAGUUUAAAAAUGUACUAGCUGACGACAAAUAUUCGAGAACGGAGGUAGUACUAGAAAGAAAUAUGUAUUCUGAAGUUGAAAUUUCUUUCGCUUUAUCUUAAGGUAGCAAGUGCCUAGCCUAUAGGGAGGCUCUGCCAACUGGGCUGUCACCCAGUUAUAUUUGUCAUUGCAUCUUGCUGUUAAGUGAACAUUUGUUCUUUGGAACAUUGAUCGGCUGUGGUAUUAUAGUGCAAUAACAAGCGGUAAUCUGGCCGUUUUGCUGUAA